AUGGGGGCUGGAGCAAGCGCUGAGGAGAAACACUCCAGAGAGCUGGAGAAGAAGCUGAAGGAGGAUGCUGACAAGGAUGCAAGAACUGUCAAACUGCUGCUGCUAGGUGCUGGAGAAUCAGGCAAAAGCACAAUUGUCAAACAGAUGAAAAUUAUCCACAAAGAUGGUUACUCACUGGAGGAGUGUUUGGAGUUCAUUGUCAUCAUCUACAGCAACACACUGCAGUCCAUCAUGGCCAUCGUGAAGGCCAUGAACACACUCAACAUUAACUACGGACACCCUGAUCAGCAGGAUGAUGCCAGAAAACUGAUGCACCUUGCAGACACGAUUGAGGAGGGCACAAUGCCCAAAGAGCUGUCGGACAUCAUUCUGCGUCUGUGGAAGGACUCUGGCAUACAGGCGUGCUUCGACAGGGCCUCAGAGUACCAACUCAACGACUCUGCUGGAUAUUACCUGAAUGACCUGGAGAGACUGAUCCAGCCAGGCUACGUGCCAACUGAACAAGAUGUGCUGAGAUCGAGAGUUAAGACCACAGGUAUCAUCGAGACCCAGUUUUCCUUCAAAGAUUUACAUUUCAGAAUGUUUGAUGUGGGUGGUCAGAGAUCAGAGAGGAAGAAGUGGAUCCAUUGUUUCGAAGGCGUUACCUGUAUCAUCUUCAUCGCUGCGUUGAGCGCCUACGACAUGGUGCUGGUGGAGGAUGAUGAAGUGAACCGAAUGCAUGAAAGUCUGCACUUGUUCAACAGUAUCUGCAACCACCGCUACUUUGCCACCACCUCCAUUGUCCUCUUUCUGAACAAGAAAGAUGUGUUCAUCGAGAAGAUCAAGAAGGCUCAUCUCAGCAUGUGCUUCCCUGAGUAUGAUGGCCCCAAUACUUAUGAGGAUGCUGGUAACUACAUCAAACUGCAGUUCCUGGACCUGAACAUGCGCCGAGAUGUCAAAGAAGUUUAUUCUCACAUGACCUGUGCUACGGACACAGAGAACGUCAAGUUUGUGUUUGACGCUGUCACCGACAUCAUCAUCAAAGAAAACCUGAAGGAUUGUGGUCUUUUUUAAGAGCCAUGCUGAGAAGAGCAGUGGGGGAUCCUCAAGAAACCUUUUCUCAUUCAAACUGAGCUGAAAAGUUUUCCCUCAAACAAGUGAAAGCAAACAUUCUAACCAAUUUGUUGUCUUUAAAAGUAAGUCAAAGUUUUAAACCAGAGACUUUGUAUCAACUGAGACAAGAAGACAAGAAGACGACUGAAAAUCAGCUGCAAAAAAACGAUGAGUUGAAUUUUGGUUAAGCUUAUUUUUCUUAAAAGUCUCUUAAACUCAUUUUCAGAAGGCUAUGCAAUCCAUAGUUAAUUCAUCUAAGGCUGUAUUCAGUAUUUAUUCACUGUUGUGAGUAGAUGUAAAGCUAAUGCAUCCAUACUGGUCAGUAAACAGAGUAAACAGAGUAAACUAGGCCCUCCUGCAGAAGUACUCCAGAAGUAGGUUCCAGUUCACACUAUCAAGAAGUCUUAGAAAAUCUAAGUCCCCGCAUUAGUUUAGCAGAAUUAUUGUAUAUAAUAAAUGUUUUCUAAAUGACACAUUACAAAUGAGGUGGAUCUAAAGCCCUACAAGGUGGUAGAAGUAAAAAGCUGCAACUUCACUGUC